CACAUGAUCAAAAUAAAACAUGGAAUAAGGAAGUUAAACUUGUGCCACAAAAUGACAGAUGCUCGGAAACAAUAUCGUGUGGCCGACUUGAAAAACAGUGUUAAUGUUGGCACAAAUGAGUCUCCUCGCGUGAGUAAACUGCUAAAAACGCUUUCUUUGGAUGACUUACUGGCAGCAGAAAGAAAGAAGGAAGAAGAAAAUGAUCAACGAGUACAAUGGUUUCACGGAAGUGUGACCAGGGAAGGUGCUGAGACACUUUUAAGAGAAGGUAAAUACAAAGCAGGGGAUGAAGCAAAUUCAGAUGGAUUGUUUCUGAUUCGAGAAAGUGGGAAGAACUUUGCACUGUCCUUAAUCAGUAACAACAAAUGUUUCCAUUUUAUCAUUGAACAGAAAUCUCCGGGAUAUUUUCAGAUUGACGAUGGUCCUAAAAUUAAAGGUUUAGAUAAGCUUGUUGAUCAUUAUAACUCAGAUAGCCAUGGAUUGCCAUCAAAACUUAGUCUAUUUUGUGGAGGAAAGAGUCCACCAGUUGCGAGUAGACACAGGGGUUUUACAAAUUUAUUACACAGAGCUGUGGUUGAAGAGAAUGAAAAAGUUGUUGAGAAGAUCUUACAACAUUCAAAAUGUCCCGAAAUUAAUGCCAAAAAUGCAAAGGGUGCUACAGCUUUACAUGAAGCCAGUGAACUGGGUCUGGAUCGUAUUGUUUCUAUGUUGUUAAAACAUGGUGCAGAUGUUACAAUAAGAGAUGCCAAUCAUCACACUCCUUUACAGAGAGCUGCAGUAACUGAUCAUGACAAUACUAUUCAUUUAUUAACACAAACUGGUAAAUCUGAUCCAUUUGAUGAAUCUCCGCAUAAUGGAUGGACAGCCUUACAUGAAGCUGCUAUGAGAGGACACAUUAAAUCUGUCAAGAUUUUGCUAUCAUUGUGUCCAUGUCCAUAUCCCAGAAAUGCAGAUAAAAAUACACCAUAUCAUCUUGCUAAAACAUAUGGGCGAAAUGAGUGUCAGAAAUAUUUUGAGAAGUAUAAAUUGCCUGAAGUAAUUAAACAAAUUCGUGUCUACUAUCAUUCUGAGUUGGAUAGAGAGGGUGCCAUCAAGUUAUUUGAAGUAAAGGGAAAGAGAGAUGGGUUGUUUUUGAUUCGAACGAGCACUAAAAGAGACCCAGCAUCGGCGUAUGUGUUAAGUGUAUGUUACAUGGGAGAACCCCAUAAUUAUGUCAUCAAAAAUAAAUUUGAUGGAGAACUAAAAAAACAUUGCUAUUUUAUUGAUAAGGGACCAUACUUAUUAUCGCUAGAGCAUCUGAUAUAUUACUAUAGUCGGUGGGAAGGUGGUCUGCCAUGUAUUUUAUUAGCUGCUAUCACAACUAAUUUUGAGAUAGAUGAAAUACCUAGACAUGAAGAUUAUUAUAACUUGUCUUUAGAUGUAAAUACCACAGUUACAAACAAAGCUCCUCACAAACCCAUUUUACCGCCUCGACUAGAAGCUACAGCUCCCCCACCACCUCUACAAUCAACCAUACCUACAUCUCCAAAAAUAAAGACGCAGGCACCACCACUACCUUCCGAGAGACCACCACCUGUAAGAGGCGAUUUACGGAAAUCAGAUGGUGCUAAAGCAGAUUUUACAAAACCACAUGCAUCACUCUCAAGAAAAGGUUCUGGUGGAGCAGAAUUGGAAGCACAGCCAGCUAAAAUAGUUUCAGAAAUCAAAGAAAUCAAGGAAAAACAUAUCAAAAAAGGUAAUAUAUUAGGAGAAGGGGAGUAUGGUUCUGUUAUUAAAGGAGUACUCACUGUAUCUGAUGGAUUAAUAUCCAAAAAGAAGAUAGAAGUAGCUAUCAAAACAUUCCAUGAAGGGUGUGUUGGUAGUGAGCCAGAUUUUUUAAGAGAAGCAGAAGUAAUGGGAUCUUUAGAUCAUAAAUGCAUCACUAAAUUAUUGGGAGUGUGUAAUGAAAAAACAAAACUGAUGUUGGUCGAAGAAUAUGUUCCCAUGGGAUCAAUGUUAGACUACUUAAUUGACCACAAAUCUGAAAUCGAAAUCAAAGUCGACCUGUAUUUGUGGGCUGGUCAGAUUGCCCAAGGAAUGGAAUACUUAGAAUCCAAGAAUUUGGUACAUCGUGAUUUAGCGGCUAGAAAUAUUCUUUUAGCAUCUAAAAGACAGAUAAAAAUUAGUGAUUUUGGUUUAUCAAGAAUGACUGGUGAAAACAGUGAUUAUUAUCAAGCUAGUGCAGGUGGACGGUGGCCUAUCAAAUGGUAUGCCCCUGAAAGUGUUAACUAUGGCAAGUUUACACAUGCCAGUGAUGUUUGGAGUUAUGGAGUAACUCUGUGGGAAAUGUUUUCUUUUGGUGAACCACCAUAUGGAGAGAAGAAGGGAAUUGAGGUGUUGGAGUUCAUUGAGCAAGGCUGUCGAUUACCUAAACCCGAAAAAUGCCCAGAUAGAGUUUAUGAUCUCAUGCUAAGUUGCUGGAAAUUGCGUGCCGUGGAGCGCCCCACUUUCAACAACCUGUUUUCUGAAUUUAAACAUGACGAAUAUUCCACUGUUUAUCAUUUACUAAAAUAACCCAGAUGCUCUGUCCCAAUUUGAUGUUUACAUUUUGUUUAUUUUCCAUAACAAAAUAACUAAAGAAAUAUGUACUAAAUAACAUUAAAAUUUCUAUCUCAGAACAGCACCAUAUAAACUAUAUGAUAUAUUCCUAAUAACUCUGACAUGGUAAUCCAAAUUUCUGAUCUUCUAUAAUAUCAAGCAAAGGAAGCUUGAUUUUUGCUCAUUGUUUAGAAAUAUGAUGCAUUAUUUUGUUUACUUUGUAAGAUUUGUAAAACCGAAGAAAGUAUUGGGUUUUUUUUAAUUUCCUAAAUUGUGACCAAUCUGAUUAAAAUUAGGUCAUGAUUUGGUGAACAAUUUGUCAGACAUAAUUUGGUCACAAAUAAAACUUCAUUUGAUUUUAUAUAGUGAUUUGUUUUACGGGAUAAUGAUCUGUCUUAUUUUAAAAUAUUAAUAGGUCGUUUCUGAGUUUCACUGGCUACACAGUAAGCCAAAUUUAAACAAAAAUCAGUAAACAAAUGUAUAUCCGUUUUAAUCUUGUGAAAGAAAGACAUGAUCAUAUAGGGCUUGUCUCAUCAUUAAUAGAAAUAACCUAUCACUUUUUUUCUAGUAAAAUUGCAGUGUCAAGAUGAAAACUACAGUUAUUAUAUUUAUACUUCAAUCUCCGGGAUACUCUUACUUGAGAAUUUUAAGCAUUAAUCAACCAAGACUUACAAGUACCCUAGUAAGACACUAGCUAUUGAAGAAUAAAUGCACAAGAUAUUUAUACAUCAAUCUCCGGGGAUACUCUUACUUGAGAAUUUUAAGCAUUAAUCAACCAAGACUUACAAGUACCCUAGUAAGACACUAGCUAUUGAAGAAUAAAUGCAAAAGAUCCUUUUCUGUUAUCUAUAUAUUUAACUCUGAUUAAUCAUUGUAAAGAUUCUGUCCUAGAAAUGCAUAUUGAUGAAUUUAAAAAUUAUAUAAUUUAUUAUUAAUACCAUACUUUAAGGAAUGUACAGCAUAAACCAUUUCUGUGAUCUGUUCUUGAUGUACUCUUUUAAAUGUUUAAUUUGAUUUAAGGAUCAAUUGCAUAUUUUGUUUAAACCAACUUACAUGUAUUUAGAUUAUGUAUUGUAAGGUUUAGCUUGCUUAUGUCUGUGAAUAGCUUUAAGCAGCAGCCUUUCUCUAACAAAUGGAUAGCAAAAUGCUAUUUAACCAGCUACACAUUCUUCAGAAAUAUGACUAUUAUAUUUUGUGUACAUUUUGAGGCAACGUUUUACUAAAGCAGCUGAUAAUCUCCCAGCAUAGUUUUAAUCUUAAUACAAAAAGGCCCAUCAAUAGAUUUUAGGAAAGAUUAGUGGUGGUGCUGCUGGCUUUUUUUGACCAUAUCCUGUUUACAUGUAUAUUGUCUGCAGAGAUUCAACACCCACAAUAUUCAGUUUGCAAGGAAUUAGAAAUCACUCAAAUGACGAUCAGAAACUGUAGGAGCUCAACAUUUUUUGCAAAACCCUGAUACAGUCUUUUAAAGCUGCAGCCAUGAUAUCAAACAUAAUGGAUUGUGGAGCUCACGCAACAUAAUGUUUUAAAACCCGUUUCUUAAAUAUCACUUCAAUAUUAUUUGUCAUUAGUGCUGGCAAGAUAUAUUGAUGUUUUGCGAUUCACCUUCUCAUGAUUCGCAAUCACAAGAUCCUGAAACGAUAUACGGCGAUUCUUUUUUUUAUGUUUUUUUGUUGCUUCAGUAAGUAACCUGUCACUCUUAAUUAUCCCUGUCACAUAUUACCACACAAACUCUCAGAAAUUGUUUUGGUCCUUACUUUGAUCUACGUCAAUAAUGUGAUAUAAAACCGUUUAAUUUCUUUGAUUCUGCAGAACUAAAAAUAUCAAUUAUUCCUUAUCCUGUUGUUUUCUUGGUAAAUAUUGACGAAUCGUGAUACGAAUCGUAGCACCUGCAUCGCAAUACUUAUCUUACCAUGACUGCAGUGACGAUACCCAGCACUAUUUCUGAUUAUUAAUGCAUUUUUAACCACAGCUCCUAAAUAUAUAUAUAUAUUUUAACAAUUAGGCCAUGUGACAGGGGAAACAAAUGACAUAAUUCUUUUUAAAAAUCAAAUACUGAUAUUUAUUUGCUACCGUUUUAUUACAUUUUCGUAAGAUCAGAUUCAUUUUCAAGCUCACGUUCAUACUUGCUGGUACAAGUUAUUUGCAGUCUGUUGUCACAAGGCAAUCCACAGUGACUCAGGGUUCGAUCUUCCCUUGUUAGUGGUGCUCGAUGGAGGGCCAGGCGAUGAAUAACAUCUAGUCUUGUGGAUGGGACGUGCAUGUAAAAGAACCCUUGGCAGUUGUAAUUUGAAGAAGAGUAUCAAUUGUAUUGCGGCUCUGUUGUCGUAUCCGGAAACCACAAAUACACUAGUGUGUAUUGUUAAAUAAUUUUUGUAUGUAACUAUGUAUAUAGUAUUUGUUAUGUUUAUUUUAAGCAAUAUAGAAACAUGUUGAUUAUUUUAUGUUCACUGACUGCACCUCUCGUAAUACAAAAUACAAUUUUGUGUCUCCUAGCAGAGCAGUAACUUAGUUAAUUUGAGAGAAUAUUUAAACAGAAGUAUUAAUACAGUAUCUGAUAAAUAAAAGUUGCAUGAUUUGUAGUUUAAAUAGCCAGAGCAAAGUUGUGUUAUGUAAUAUUUCUGCCAGUGACAGUAGAAUAUUUUAAUAACGGUUAGAUUUGAGUAUUUCAAAGACAUGAGAUGUCAUUAAUCCCUGGUUCCAUAAAAUCAUAUAUAUUAUUAUGUUUUAUAAUUUAUUAUAUAUUGUAUUUGUAUUUUAAAACAUAAUUAUUCAGUAUGCAAAAUUGCAUCUGAAACUUUUGUUUAGCAUUAUUUAAUGUUUUUGGAAAAUUAUAAUAUAUCAAAUUUUCCUCAAUAGGUAAUAUUUUUUAUGGAAAGCUUGUUUUUGUUUU